AUGGGGUUGACAGGCUUCGGCGUGUUCUUCCUCUUAUUCGGGAUGGUCCUGUUUUUUGACAAGGCUCUUCUUGCCAUUGGAAAUGUGAGUUGCAGCCCAAGCCUACAUAAUCAUAAUGUUGUGAUGUAUUCCAUAGAUGCCCUCUGUGUGUAUGUGCACCAACAUUCUUUAUGGUAAAGUUACAAGAAUUACUUAUUUCUGCUGCUAUACCCCUUACUCUCUGGAAUAAACACUUCCAGCUAGUGUUAUGGGGGGCUUUGAUGAUUCUCUGUUGUAAUGCAUGGCGACAGUAAUUGUCAGGGUUUCUGAUCAAACCACCAUGUCAGGACAUGUUUAGCUGGUGUUAUUGGUGUGUGACCUCCAGCAGUUUGCAUAGCUAAAUGAAGUGAUAUGACAACGACAUACUGUACUGCACUAGCCUUGCAUCCAAAAUGAUUUCACUAAGAAAUAUUAUUUCUCUCAUUUUUUUUUUUACAUCCCUGUUAAUGAGCAUUUAUCUUUUGCCAAGAUAAUCCAUCCAUCUGAGAGUUGUGACAUAUCAAGAAGCUGAUUAAACAGCAUGAGCAUUACACAGGUGCACCUUGUGCUGGGGACAAUAAAAGGCCACUCUAAAAUGUGCAGUUUUGUCACACAACACAAUGCCACAGAUGUCUCAAGUUUUGAGGGAGCAUGCAAUUGGCAUGCUGACUGCAGGAAUGUCCACCAGAGCUGUUGCCAGAUAAUUGAAUGUUAAUUCCUCUACCAUAAGCCGCCUCCAACGUUGUUUUAGAGAAUUUGGCAGUACGUCCAACUGGCCUCACAGCCGCAGACCAUGUGUAUGGCGUUGUGUGGGCGAGAGGUUUGCUGAUGUCAACGUUGUGAACAUAGUGCCCCAUGGUGGAGGUGGGGUUAUGGUAUGGGCAGGCAUAAGCUACUGACAACGAACACAAUUGCAUUUUAUUGAUGGCAAUUUGAAUGCACAGAGAUACCGUGACAAGAUCUUAAGGCCCAUUGUCGUGCCAUUCAUCCGCCACCAUCACCUCAUGUUUCAGCAUGAUAAUGCACAGCCCCAUGUCGCAAGGAUCUGUACACAAUUCCUGGAAGUUGAAAAUGUCCCAGUUCUUCCAUGGCCUGGGAUGCUCUGGAUCAACGUGUACGACAGUGUGUUCCAGUUCCCGCCAAUGUCCAGCAAUUUCCCAAAGCCAUUAAAGAGGAGUGGGACAACAUUCCAAAAGCCACAAUCAACAGCCUGAUCAACUCUAUGCGAAGGAGAUGUGUCACACUGCAUGAGGCAAAUAAAUGGUGGUCACACCAGAUAUUGACUGGUUUUCUGAUCCACGCCCCUACCUUUUUAAAAAGGUAUCUGUGACCAACAGAUGCAUAUCUGUAUUCCCAGUCAUGUGAAAUCCAUAGAUUAGGGCAGAGUGAAUUUUAUUUAAUUGACUGAUUUUAACUGUAACUUGGUAAAAUCUUUGAAAUUGUAGCAUUUUGCGUUUAUAUUUUUGUUCUGUAAAAAUCAGUUUGGAUGCAGCCAGGCUAGUACUGCCAAUCCUCUGUUGAUUUUCCCUGUGUUUGUGUGUCAGAUAUUGUUUGUAGCAGGCCUAGCCUUUGUUAUCGGCUUGGAGCGUACCUUCAAAUUCUUCUUCCAGAGACACAAAUCUAAAGCCACCAGUUUCUUCCUGGGAGGCGUAGUCGUGGUUCUGAUUGGCUGGCCCAUCAUUGGAGUGGUGCUGGAGAUAUAUGGAUUCUUUCUUUUAUUCAGGUGAGUUGGUCUGAAAUGACAGUUGGUCAAAAAUAAAUUGGUCAAAAAAUGGGCUAAUCUCAAGUUUUUUCCUCGAUUCCUUGCUUCCUCUCUCCUCAAAAUAUCAGAGGGAAGUGAUGAGAGCAUUGGAGGAGAAACAACCUUGUAUCUUUUCCUCCAAUGCUCUCCCGUUUGCUUCCCUAUAACAUUUUGCGAAGUAGGGGAAAGGGGGAGGAUGUGAUGAAUCAAGAAAAAUCUUUUUGAGAUUCACCCUAAAUGACAGUCCUCAGAUUCUCACCUCUCUGUGCCACUCUCUUCUCUUUUCCAGGGGCUUUUUCCCAGUGGCAGUAGGCUUCAUCAGGAGGGUGCCUGUCCUCGGGUCCAUACUCAACCUCCCAGGGAUUAGUGGAGUAAGUAUAAAGUUUCAUGUUUAUUCGCUGUGUGUAAUGUGGCAAAGUUCAUAGAAUUGUUUUCGUCUCCUUGCUCCUUUUCAUCUCUGCCCUGCGUCUCUAGGGGCCAGUUUUCCCAGACACAAAUUAAGCUUAGUCCUAGACUAAAAAGGGCUUAAAUUGAGAUUCUCUAUUGAGUUUGCUUUUUAGUCUAGGCUUAAUCUGUGUCCAGGAAACCGCCCCUAAAUUGUGAAGAUUGUGGUAUACUGAUAAUCGAAUUAUCUCUCUUUUUCAGUUGAUGGACAAAGUCAGUGAGAGCAACAAUAUGGUAUAA